GCUUCAAUAAGUAUUUGAAAGACCAAGUCAAGGCUGAAGAGAAGUUGAUUGAUAUGCUCACUCAGAAAUUAGGAAGCUCAUGAGAAUCAACUCUGCUUUCGUCUCAAUUAAAAUUUCAAAGGAACUUUUCCCACAGGGAUAAUUUCCACCAUGGUCUAAUGCACGAUGCGGGAAUCUCAGGGGUGGAUAGCUGAGAUUUACUAAACGAUAGUGAUUACAAGAACCCAUUCGACUCCUGUGCAAGCCAUAUUGACAAAAAUGAUAGGGCCGAAAGAUUAACAACAGAUAGCUUUUUCCAUGACAGAGAGCCUAUCACUGGCAGGCAUUUUGAUAUGAGAGCUAGCUUCCAGGGAGAGCUUGAAAGACUUGGCUUUGACAGGAAAGAGAUCAACCUCUCUCAGGACUCAGACCAAUACCAUAGUCAAGAGGGUUAUCAUAGUGAAGCAGAUUCUAACCUGAUGAAAGAUGUUGAGCAGAGAUUCGCAGAGAUCAUACAAGAGAAAAAUGCUGCUCUUGAUAACUCCCAGACCUUAAUGGAAGAUCUCAGAGAUGCGAAUUAUAGCUGUGAUUCCAAACAGAACUAUGAGUACUUCGACUUAUCAGAGUUCAGCCAUUGUGAAGCUGAAGAAGAUAUUGAGGAGCAGAACCAAUCAACUGUGCAUCAUAAGUUCACUAAGGUGACUCCUUCCGAGGAUAAGCCAAAGGAAGAUCAGGAUGAAGAGGAGGAAUCACAUCUAGGGUUCACUCUUGCCCUUCCUACUUCUAAUAACAUUGGGGAUGUUUUCUGCAAGCACCGCAGAAGUGUUCCAUGAUUAGCUUUUCCUAUGCAUAGAUAACCCUGGAAUA